GCCCCAUUACCUGCUUGAGUGAAACCAGACUAAGAACUUCUGUCAUGGCAGCUUUUCUGCUGGGAGCUGUGUUGCUUAUUGUUCAGCCUCAGAUAGUGCCUUCCAGACCAGCUAUAAAUUCGAAGGCUGAGACAACUUCUCAGUCUGUUCAGAGAGAGCUUUUAAAGAAAACAUCUCCAAAAAAUGACUUCAAGGAAAACAUUCAUUCUAAUGGAUCAUGCCAGCAGCUGCCACAGACUAUCAUUAUUGGAGUAAGAAAAGGUGGAACAAGAGCUUUGUUAGAGAUGUUGAGUCUCCAUCCAGACAUUGCAGCAGCAGAAAGUGAAGUUCACUUCUUUGACUGGGAAGAUCAUUACAGAAAUGGAUUGCAGUGGUAUAUUAACCAAAUGCCAUUCUCUUAUCCCCAUCAGAUCACCGUGGAAAAAACUCCAGCAUAUUUCACAUCACCUAAAGUGCCUGAAAGAGUUUAUAGCAUGAACCAAUCAAUGAGACUACUCCUUAUUUUAAGAGACCCAAGUGAGAGAGUACUAUCAGAUUACACCCAAGUGUUCUAUAAUCACAUGCAGAAGCACAAGCCGUAUCCAUCCAUUGAACAAUUCCUGGUUAAAGAUGGUGAACUCAAUGUGGACUACAAGGCAAUAAACAGAAGCUUAUACUACAUUCACAUGCAAAACUGGCUGAAGUAUUUUCCUCUUGAUCAUAUCCACAUUGUAGAUGGGGAUAAACUAAUCAAAGAUCCCUUCCCAGAAAUAGAGAAGGUAGAGAGAUUUUUGAGGUUAUCACCACAGAUAAAUGCUUCAAACUUUUAUUUCAAUAAAACUAAAGGCUUCUACUGCCUAAGGGACAGUGGUAGGGAGCGUUGUUUACAUGAGUCAAAAGGACGAGCACACCCACAAGUAGAUAUCCAGUUACUUGAGAAACUGCAUGAAUAUUUCCAUGAACCCAACAAGAAAUUUUUUGAGCUUGUGGGCAGAACAUUUGACUGGCACUCAUUUGUGGCAAGUUAGUGAUAAGCUUCAGAACCUGUAUUUCAGUGUACAUUUAGAAAUUUUAAAAAGGGCAUUUAAGCUAUAAUUUAUUUGUAAAAAUCCAUAAAUACUUCUGUACAGUAUUAGAUUCACAAUUGCCAUAUAUACUAGUUAUAUUUUUCUACUUGUUAAAUUUGAAAGCAUUUUGUAUUGUUUUUCAUGGUUGUUAACAUUGUGUAUGAUGUGUCUAUAUGAAGAAACUAAAUUAUUUCACUGCAGAA